UAAUGACAAUUGAACUACAAAACCCAGAAGACAUUGCUCUCAUAGCCGGCACCUGUAUUUUCAAAAUACCGAAAGUUUGCCAGCAGGAAUGAAUGCAACGUUAGAUAUCUAACCGGACACCUGUGAAUUAGUACGACACCAUGUUGGCUCGCGUGGGCGCUAUGACAACAGCGAUUCUCGGCUCUGCAGUGUUCUGGGCGCAGCGGAAAAACACUGAGCCUGAACAGGCAAACUUGGAUUUGACUCCUAGUUCCGAACAGUCCUCAUCUCAGCAUGAGCUGAAACUUGUUCAGGUGUUGUUUAGACAUGGUGCAAGAACACCACUGAAAUCUAUACCAGAUGUUUUGGAGGCACACUGGGUUCCUGACCUUCUGCAGGUUCCAGAUCACACCAAGAUUGAUUAUGUAGUUACAGACCUACAGGGAGGCCCAAGACCACCUUCUCCUGUGGAGGAAAGCUACAGAGCUAAAACACUGGCGGGUGGCACAUACCCAGGUCAGCUGACCACACUGGGCAUGCAACAGCUGUAUGAUCUCGGACUAAGGCUGAGGAGGAGGUACAUUCAGGACAUGACCUUCCUUAGCCCAAACUUCAACAGUAAAGAAGUUUACAUCCGGUCAACCAACAUCGUCCGCACCAUCGAGUCAGCCAAGUGUCUGGUAGCGGGCUUGUUCCAGCAACAACAAACUGAAACUGUACCCAUCCUCACAGAAGAAGCAAAAAAAGAGAUCCUAUACCCAAACUACCAUGGAUGCAAACUUCUCAAGAUGCUCAGCGGGUCUCGUUGGGCAGAAUCAUCCACGUUGCCUGAUAUCGCUUCUGAUCUACGGAGCAUUCAGAGCGUGUUGGGGGUCAAGCCUCAUCAGCAUCUUGACUUCAUCCUCAUAAGAGAUGAUAUGGUGGCCAGAGAGACUCACAGACUACCGUCCCCUGCAGCUCUGGAGAGCUGGAGAGCUAAAGUAGAGCAGAGAGCUAUAGAUAUGAUCUGGCACAUCUAUGAGCCCAGUAACAGGGAGAGUCUACAGUUGUGUGUGGGUCCGGUGCUUCACACUCUUCUCACUAACAUGGAGAAGAAGGUUCAGGGUAAUACCCCAGAUUCAGACAGGAAGCUGUUUCUGUACUCUGUACACGAUACUACGCUAAUGCCGUGCCUGAUGGCAUUGGGUGUGUUUGAUAUGAGAUGGCCUCCGUAUGCUGCUGACAUCACACUUGAGCUGUACCAACACCGGCAGAACAAGCAGCAUUAUGUCAAAAUAUCCUACAUCGGUCAGGAUCAGAAGAUCCCUGGCUGUAGUGAUGUCUACUGUCCUCUGAGCGAGUUUAAGCAGGCUAUGUCCAUGUAUGCACUGCCCGAAGAGAGAUACCACACCCUCUGCAACCGCAGAGAAGAGAUACCCACCCACUGAGUUUACACUACCUCACCCCUUUGCAAACACACACACAAACACACACACACCAGAAGCAGGUUCAGCUUAUUUCAUAUUUACACUCAUUGAUUUCCAGAACUUUAAUCUACUAUUCAUUACUUGUUUUAUAUAGUUUUUAGAUUUUUUGAACAUUUUUGUUUAGGACUGUCUCGAUCAUGAACCUCAGCAUUUACACAUCAAAUGGUCAACAAAUAAAAAUUGCAUCCUGUACUUAUUUGCAGUUAUACAAGUACGAAGUAGACUUGUUUCUAAUCAUAUCAUCAGUCACAUAUCACCAGAACACAAAGCAUGCGGUAUGUAAAAUAUUAUGUAAGCAUACUCAAAUUCAGAACGAAGCAUCAGACAAGAUUGUUACUCAUAGUACUUAUCACAAGACAGAAAGGGAAAACUGAAAAGUGAAGUUGUUUAUUUAUUACAAAGUAAUGAGUAAUUUUUAACUCGGCGUCCACUUUAACAUUUGUUUAUUUGUGCUCUUUGGAUUUGAGUGUGUGCUUAUUUUCCCCUCUGUGGGGUAUCUUACUGCACUUCUAACAUAUAGACGACGUGAAAGAGAACGUAUUUGGUUUCACCUGUUUUUGCGGAUUUAAAUCAACUUUACUUUUUAUUAGUAAAUAUUAUAAGUACAUUCAGUCGUGGUGUUAAAGCUUAAAAUAAAUUACUGAGUAGUUGUA